AAUACGUUUUGCUGUCAGUCUCGAGUCUCAGCUCUACUCUCAAAGGUCCAAUCAUUCAAUAUAUUCACAAUUGAAGAUGUUCAAAUCGGCAAAGUGCAUUUUGAUCGCGCUGUUUAUGCUAAUGCUGUGCAUUUUGGCUAAAGCUGCGCCCUAUCAGGAGUUGGAGCCACGCAAGGGUCAUGUACCAGUAUACAUACGACAUGGCGAUGAGUCCUUGAGCAAUAUACAUCCCGGUCUAGCAGAGGCAUUUAAAGAGCAACCCAGCGCCGAGAAUCUCGUUGCGGAAGCUGCAACCGAAUCGGAUAUAGCUAGCUUUGAAGUUAUCAAAGCUUUGGACGAAUCAAAUUAAAUUGAAUAAAUAUUGUAUAGUA